CUCCUCCUGCCUCAUAACUACUUCUUCCAAGCAUUCCAGGAGUUUUACUGCAGCCCAGCUGACACAGCCACCCAUUUCUGGGGCCGUCGGACCUUCUUGCCCCACCAGGAGAAGCCAACAUGCAGUAACUUCGCCCAGAUGAAUGAUUCUCCAGGCUGUGUGGUGACUCCAGGAACCAAGAAGGAACUUCUUCCCAAGGAACAUGAAAAUGUUAUAUGUCCAGAUCUUUGCCCUGGCAGCGGCUGUGGUGCAGUACAGAGUCACGGUUGUUCAUGAAGCGUGCAGAACGGCAGAGGCAGCCGACAUUUUGUUCCUUGUGGGGCAGUCACAGGGCACAAGGAAGGAGAGCUCUCGGCUGGUCAAGGACUUCAUCAGCAGCAUGGCCCGCUCCUUUGAGAACAUGGUGAUAGGCAAAGGAGGCAUCCGGCUGGCGGUGGCACUCUAUGGGGAGAAACCAAGGAUGAGUAUUGAGCUCACAGAUUAUGUGAGCAUGGAAGAAAUGCUGGUGGCCAUUCAGGGUCUCUCUCUCAAAGGCGGCAGCUUAAAAACAGGGUCAGCCCUGGUGUUUGCCGCUCACGCCAUGUCUCGCCUGGACACGCUGCGAGAGGAUGCAGCAAAGGUCGUUGUUUUGAUCACGGAUGGGAAAUCCAGCGACUCAGUUGAAGACAAAGCCCAGGUCCUGCAGGACAGGGGGGUGACGGUGUUUGCUGUAGGAAUUAAGGAUGCCGACAAGAAUGAACUGAAAAAAAUAGCUUCAGAGCCCACUGCAGAACACGUGCUUUAUGUUGAAGAUUUCCACCUGCUCACCAAAGUGGCACCCAAACUCUCUCGAAGGCUCUGCUUCACUGCCUCAGAGCCACCACGACCCAUCAAACAGACUGUCCAAGCUGAGAAGAUCAUCGGUCCCCAGGAUCUGUAUGUCAGUGAGCACAGCCACAGCUCGCUGCGACUCACGUGGAUGCCAGCUACAGGAAGGGUGACGGGGUACCGUGUCCACCUGCAGCGCUUGCUGCCUUCGGGGCAGCUGGAUUCAGAUGACCAUCAGCAGAUUGUGGUGGAUGGUGGCAAAAGUACUGUGCUGGUGACUGAUCUGAAACCCAACACCAAGUAUGUCUUCACGGUGAGGGCCAUCUAUGCAGAUGCUCCUGGGGAGUCAGCAGCUGUCAAGGGGAAAACAACACCUGUGCCUCCAGUCACUAACUUCCGUGUGAUAGAAGAAGGGCCUUUUAGCUUGAAGGUGGCUUGGACACCUCCGCUGGGCAAGCUGGAGGGCUACAAGAUCUACAUCCCCAGAGCCAACAGACAAGGAAUGACCUACGAGCAGGUUCUCCGCAGUGAUGUCUCUUCCCAUGUGCUGGAUAACUUGCAGGAGGACAGAGAAUACAACAUCAGCAUCUACGCCGUGUACCCCCAGGGGCCGAGCCGGCCUGUGGCUGCUGUGGGGAGAACAUUGAAGCUCCUGCCUGUGAAAAGCAUCUUGCUGCAGAAUGAGACCACCAACACGCUCCAGGCAAGGUGGAGCCCUGUCCGGGGAGCAACAGGGUACAGACUCACCUGGACAUCAGCAGAGGGCAGCAUCCAGGACGUGAACCUCAGCAACACCUACAGCUACUACAUGAUCCAGGGGCUGCAGCCUGGCACAGAGUACAACGUCACCAUCAACCCUGUUUUCGGGGAUGUUGAGGGGCCGGUGGUGAGCAGAAAAGCAACGACAGUGGCAUCAAGUACCGUCCAGAUGCUGAACGUGAGUGAGAUAUCCAUCAACAGCGCUCUGCUCUCCUGGGACUCAGUUGCUGGGGCCACUGGGUACCGAGUGGCUUGGGGCCCUACACCAGAGUUCUUUGGGAAAGACCGUCCUCGCCAGCUGGCCCUCAACAGAUCAAUCACAUCCUACCAGCUCCGCAACCUGGCCCAUGACACCGAGUAUGUGAUUUCCCUCUACGUGCUCUUUGGCUCAGUGGAGGGACCAGGGAUCACAACCUCAGCCAGGACAUUGGAUUUACCCAAAGUGACCGAGUUCACAGUGCAACAGGCUGGAGAUUCAAGCAUUUUGCUGACUUGGACGGCUGUUCCUGGAGUAUCCAUGUACCUAUUAACAUGGCGCUUGUCAUCAGCUUUUGAUCUUUCCCAGGAACUUUUGCCAGCAGCUUCUACAUCAUAUCAAGUGACAGGACUGAGCACCAAAAAAAUGUAUUUGUUUUCUAUAAGACCAAUCUUUGGAGAUAUGGAGGGAGCAGAGACAACGCUCCUUGGGCAAACAGUGGGACCUCACAGAGACUCACCUGUGCCAAUCGCUCCAGUGACUUCUGCAAAAUUGGAUAUGAUGGGAUCCCCAUCUGUACCUCCUAGGAAUGUGGGGACAACUCCUCUUCCACUGGCCACCACCACAAAGCUACCACCAACCUCAGAGACCCCACUAUUGACCACCGCCACGUCUGCACUGCUGACGGCUCUCCCCGAGCCAAUCUGUGGAAAGUUCAAAGCAGACAUUGGGUUCCUGGUGGACGAGUCCUCAAGUAUUGGCCAGAGCAAUUUCAAUAAAGUGAAGGAUUUCCUCUUCCGGAUCAUUUCCUAUUUCCCUAAGAUUGGGCCUGAAGGGACACAGGUUGCUGUUGCUCAAUACAGUGAAGAGCCGAGAGCAGCUUUCCACUUCAACCAGCACCGGGAUCGCAACAGCGUCCUGAGAGCCGUCAGGGGACUGGGCUAUACUGGUGGCAACACAAAAACAGGUCGUGGUUUAGCCUACAUGCUAAAGGAGAUAUUUCAGUCCUCCAGAGGGAUGAGACCAGAUUUCCCUCAUGUCCUGGUCCUCAUGACUGAUGGGAGAUCCCAGGAUGAUGUGCUGCCACCAGCCAGAGUAGCCCAUGCUUUGGGGAUCCGUGUCAUUGCUGUGGGUGUCUCAGGAGCUGACCCCGUUGAGCUCAACAGCAUCUUGCUACAGCAGAACCUCCAGAACGUUUUCUAUGUCACCACAUUUGAUGACUUCCCCCAGAUCCUCCAAGAGCUGAUAGAAGUCAUUUGUUCUGACCCUCAGCCAUCCGAGGAGGUUGUCAGGCAUGAAGCUGAUAAGCAAUUGCCAUUUGGUGAGACAGAGAGCAAGCUGCAAGUCCCUGAUCCAUCAUCAGCUGAACCGCUUACCCAAAAAGUAGAGGAGUCUUGUGGUCCAUGGUGUUUAAAGAGCUUCAGAGGCUCACCAGCUCAUGGAGGCUACAACCCAUACAGCUUUAUUCCAAAGGGAGAGAAAGGAGAAAGGGGUCUGCCUGGGAAGGAUGGCGUUCCUGGGCUGCCGGGCAGGCCGGGGCGGACAGGUCCUCCUGGUCCCCCUGGAUUCAUGGGUCUCCCUGGUAUCCAAGGUGAUAUUGGGUCUCCUGGCUAUCCUGGACCAGCGGGACCAAAAGGAGACAGAGGUGAACCAGGCUAUGUCCUGGGAGGAGUGGAGGUGAUUCCUGGCCAAAAUGGUCAGCCUGGCCCCCCAGGACAGAAAGGGCAGCCAGGGGUUCCUGGGGUAGCAGGACCACCAGGUUUACCAGGGCCACAGGGGCCACCAGGAAUCUCCAUCAAGGGUGAACCAGGGGAUUCAGGUAACAGGGGCCCUCGUGGAAAGAAUGGCCUCAAGGGUGACAGAGGAGGUGCGGGAGAGCCGGGGAAACCUGGCCUGCCGGGCCCUGUAGGGCUGGAUGGUGCUCCCGGACUGCCUGGACCAAGGGGAGAAAAGGGUAACAAAGGGCAAGGUGGUGUUAAAGGGGAAAAGGGACUCCCAGGACCUCCAGGGCAGAAGGGAAACCAAGGGAACCCAGGACUCCCAGGUGCUCCAGCUAUGGGGGUUUUGGGACCUCCAGGCAAGAAAGGCAUCAGGGGAGAUAUUGGACCAACAGGGCCCCUGGGACCACAGGGAAACAAAGGAAUACAAGGAGACAAAGGGGAGAAGGGAAGUCCAGGUUUCGGCAUUCCUGGUCAACCUGGGCUAAAGGGAGACCCAGGCGAUAGGGGAAAUGUAGGUUUGUCUGGCAAACCAGGUCAAAAGGGGGAGAUAGGUCUGAAGGGAGAGAAAGGUGAACCAGGAUUCCCUGGGAAACCAGGCGAGACCGGACUAAGAGGUAAAGAUGGAGAAGCUGGUGUCCCUGGAGAACCAGGAGAGAGAGGAAUCAGGGGUCCACCUGGAGUCCCAGGACGACCUGGAGAGCAGGGGAUAAAAGGCGACACAGGGCAACCUGGGAAGGAUGGAAUCACUGGAGAGAAGGGAGACAAGGGCGAAUCUGGUGAGCCUGGGCUACCUGGGACUCCUGGAAGACUUAUGUCUUCUCUGGAGAACACCAUCACCUUGAAAGGUGACAAGGGGGAUCGUGGAAAGAAUGGUUUGAAAGGCGAAAGAGGUCCUCCAGGCCCAAAGGGAGAACCCGGUCCACCAGGCAAAACAGUGGAAAUGAAGGAUCUGGAGAGGCUUUUUGAAGCAAAUGGUAUCAAGCUGGCACUGCUGAGGGACCUCUCCAAUGCGCUACUGCGGGACGGGCUGGACAGGCUGCUUUGGCAGCUGGGUGGCUCCAGGCCAAGCAAGACCUCCAGGAGAAAGCAGGAUUCGCUGGUGUUUGAUACUUCUCGUGAUGCCCUGGCCAACACUGAGAUGACAGAAGCAGCACACGGCCUGAAGACGGAGCCUCAGUUUGUGCCAAUGUCUGGAGGACUCCCUGAGGGUUCAUCUGCUGGUGGUUCUGAACCUGAGUACCAGCCCCCAGGAAACCCUCCUGAGUACUUGGAGAAAACGUCGGAGGAAAGAUGGAAGGAGAGAGACUCAAGAGGGACAAACACUUAUCUCAGCAGUAGCUUGGCAGUGUCCCCACCACCCCCAGAAGGUGACCUGCAAGGAAACCAGUGGAUGGAGCUUCUUGAGUCCUUGGAGGAGAAGGUGGAAGGACAACCACAGCAGGACACCGGCCACGAAUAUGUGAAUUUAGAUGAUGGUUCUGCACUCCCAAGGCACAUUAGAGCCAGGAGAACUGUUGAACAUGAGACACAUGUGGGAAAGACCCCGUUUCAACGUGGCAACUUCAGGCUGGCCUGUGGGCAAGAGCAGAGCCACCAGCAUGAUCCAGGAGGAAGUGGUGACCAUUACUAUUUGGAUCCAUCACAGGUUCAUCCUCCUGGUGCUCCAGGAGCUCGGAAAUCUUCGUCUGGAUCCGUGGCAUACCCAGGCCCUCAUCGCCCAAGGAGAAUUAAGAAGGAGAAAACUGGCCCAGCAGAUCCACCCUCCUGUGGCCAAAAGGGAGAAAUGGGAGCUCCAGGAGCCCGUGGAGACAAAGGAGAAAAGGGCCAGCCUGGGGAGAUGGGAGAACCUGGAGAAAAGGGCACGAAAGGUGACAGAGGUGAAAAUGGUCAAAAGGGAGAACCAGGAAUUGGAUUCAGAGGUCCUGUUGGUCAGGCUGGGCCACCUGGAUUUAAAGGUGAGCCAGGAGCCCCAGGACCUCCAGGAGCUCAGGGCAUCCAGGGCAUUCAUGGCAACGCCGGCACCCCCGGCUCACAGGGGGACAGAGGGGUUCCAGGUCUGCCUGGGAUGCCGGGCCAGAAGGGGGAGCGUGGGAAGAGAGGCCGGAAUGGAUUUGCUGGGCCCAUGGGACCACCAGGAUCCCCAGGAAAAGAGGGAAUUCCUGGGACACCUGGACCCAAAGGCAACAAGGGAGAAAUCGGCGUUGGAGCAGCAGGCCCAAGAGGUCCUCAUGGACUGCCUGGCCCUCAGGGUGACGAGGGCAUCGUGGGUGUCCGGGGUCCCCCUGGAAUGAUGGGUCUAAAAGGAUUCCCAGGUGUGAAAGGCGAAAGAGGUGAUCGGGGACUUCUGGGACCCAAGGGAGAAAGAGGUGAUCCCAUUACUAUUUUUGGACCCCAGGGCUAUAAAGGCAAUAAAGGAGAUCCCGGUGAACAGGGCCUGCCAGGUUUUGACGGAGACAAAGGCGAGAAGGGAGAGGAUGGCCCUGUAGGAGAAAAGGGACUCAAAGGUGAAGCUGGUUCCAAGGGAGUGAUGGGGCUUUUUGGAACAAGAGGACCUGUGGGACAGAAGGGGGAGCCAGGAGAACCAGGCUUGCCAGGCUCUGCCGGUACAGCAGGACUCAAUGGGAAGAACGGAAACAAGGGAGCCAAAGGCGACAGAGGUCUCCAGGGACAGAAGGGGAAGCCAGGAGGGAAAGGUGAUCCCGGGACCAUUGGUGAUAUUGGACAGAAAGGAGCAAAGGGCUUACGAGGGCUACCAGGACGCAUCGGUGCUCCCGGAGCCGAGGGCAUCAAGGGAGAAAUUGGCAGUCCUGGAAAACCAGGAAUCCCAGGAUCAGAUGGACCAUGUGGACCAAAGGGUGAACAAGGAGCAUCAGGGGACCAUGGUGCCUCAGGGAUUCCUGGGGAGAAAGGAGAAAAGGGGACCAAGGGAGUUCCUGGCUUGGCGGGCUUCAAAGGACAAAUGGGAUGGCCUGGGAAGACUGGAGUCGCUGGACCAGAGGGACCUCAAGGGCCAAAGGGUGAACCAGGACCACAGGGUCCAAGAGGGAAAAGGGGGAGACCUCAGCUCUGCCUCAGGGGACCCCCGGGCAUGGACGGGCAAAAAGGAGAAAUGGGUGAAAAUGGUCCAGCUGGCCAGAAAGGAGAAAAGGGAGAUCCUGGUCUUUCUGAGGAAGAGUUGAAGGAGGUGGUCAGGAGUGAAAUGAGAGACAGAUGCGGUUGUGGAGGUGAGUGGGGAAGGAUGCUUAUGGAAAGGGGUCUGGAGGCAGCUGAAAUCACCAGGCAACUCCAUGGGUAUUUUCCACCUCGGGAACACACCGGAAGAGAUGGUGAAAGCCAGGAAGAAAUGCUUAACAAAACUCAGAGUGUGACCACAUCGGUGACUUCAGUGAAGCCCUUCAUGGAGCCACCUCCAUUUAUUGCAGCAGCUCCUCGGGCACAGCAGAUAACCAGUCCCUCUCAGCACAAGCGCCGAGUAGCCCACAGUCCAUUACCAGCCUCCUGCUUGCAGCCGAUGGACGAGGGUUCCUGCCAGAAUUACGUCCUACUCUGGUACUACCACACAGAAUCAAACACCUGCCGGCCCUUCAUCUUCGGGGGAUGCCGAGGGAACAGCAACCGCUUCGAAACCAAGUGGAGAUGUGAGCGACGGUGCAAAACCUCGGCAGUCAGAGGGACAUGAUCAGCUGCAAUUGCCGUGUUUAAAUCAAAGAGAAAUGGAGCUGUGUGAAGUGUCUCCAGGACACCUCAGAGACUGGACAAGCAAGACAAACCAUUUAAAAUGAAGAGACAAGGGACGUUUUAAAAAAGAUGUUGUAAAACUGUAAUUAUGGGCAGGAAAGAAAGUGGUAUGAGGAGAGUGAAACAUCUGAUUGCAGAGAUCUGAAAGCAGAGAUGUCCAGAGACUCACAACUGCACCACCUGCCCUGCAGAACUACUGUGCAAAACCAGGUGACAUACCUCUGAGUUUAUUUUUGUAAAAUAAAAGUGUGUUAAUGCUGA